AUGACGAGAUUUAAAGGCAGCUCCGCUGUAAUUGUCUCUCUAGCAGUAUUGGGCACUGUUCUAAUAUUCUUUCCUCGACCCAAGGAUGGCAGCAUUCCUGCUCAGGACAAGUCUAGAUUUACAGGAUAUCCCGCUUGGCAUGGGACAUGGCAAGGUUUCGAUCCUUUCGUCUUGGAUGCUGCCGCAGGCUUCUCUGUUUUAGUGGGCGGCAUUGCUGGGUUUCUUUCUAUAAUAUGGACAAAUCCGUCCUAUCAUAUACCCGCUAAAUGCGUCACUUCCUUCUACGAUGGCUCUCAUGUAACCCCGACGACUUUAUUUAAUCGUCUGCUAGCUUAUUACAUAUUAUUUACUCAUUUUGCGGGAACGGCAUUUCUAGUGUUUGAUCUCGGGAAGUUGUGGUUAACGUUCGGUGUUUUGCAUAAUGCAUGGGAGGUUGCGAUUCUGUUAUUGUUAUUUAUGGGAGGAAGGGUCAAGAACCAAUGGUUCUUUAUUAUCUUGUUUGCAUAUAUAUUUAUCGUCGUUGCUUUGGGUGUGUUCUUGCCAUGGCCCUAUGACGCAAUAAUCUUUAAAUGGCAAGGCCUUUGCUCUGAUUUUGCGCUUCCAACGGUCUUCAUAAUUAUCUACGUUAACACGCGAAAGUAUGUGAGAAAUUACGCAUCCGAUACCAUUCCACUCGUUCUUGUUGAAGACACCGAUGACGUAAAACAUGGUCUCUUCCCGACUACAAUCGAACAUCCAAAACAACUGAUACCGUUAAUAUUUGCAAGCAUUGUACACACCGGCGGUAAUAUACUUGCUACAUGGUUUUUGCAAAGUUUAAAGGCAUUCCUUGUUUUCCAGUUCUGCUAUAUAAUCAGCUACCCUAUAUAUGCCUAUUACAUAUACCUCGACACACACUACGAAAAUGCAUCUUCAGUUAAACGCUAUUACCUUCCUAAACGGCCUCUGUGGAUAGACAUUGUUAUCGGUAUCUGGUCUAUUAUUAUGUCAUUUUUAAUGAUGGCCAUUGGUGUAAUCAUUGGAAAUAACGAUGUAAAGGAUAAUAUAAACGAUAUGUGA